UCCCAAUUCGUGAAUUUUUUGCUUCUCCAGGUAAUAGAAGCUCAAGAGAUGCCCGCAGCCAUGGCGAGUGACGCAGGGCUGGGCUCCAAGGAGGACGAUGCGCGGCUGAACGAGCGUAUCUCCAAGGCGCGUUCGGAGCUCUCGGAGCUUCACAAGAUCAUGGCCAAGGAUGACCGUGACCGCCAGUUCUGCGAGAGCAAUGGACCUGCCUCACGCACUCGAAGUCGCACAGCCGGGAGCAGCUCCAACACACAGCAGGACAUCAAGGACGUAGGCUACCACACGUCACAGCCGCUGCGUAGCGCUUCAGGUGAACGACUCAUGCAGCUGUCACGCACAGAAGAGGUUGUACGCUCGGACCGCAUGAAGAUGGCGGAGCUCUCGGACGAGCAGCACGCUUGGGCGACCGCAGAGAAGAAAACAGCAGUUCCACGAGCGAGGACGAGCCCGGUGAACAGGGUGCAAGCUAGCACGACGCCGCGCCGCACGACGGCCAAGGACUUGAGAGAUUAUUCCACAGACUACGUGCAGCAAGCGCUGAACUUUGACAAUGUCACGGACGAUGACGAAGACGACGCUGUGUCACCCACACGACCAAAAUCUGGCAGUAUGAGACGACUUGGUGAAGAUGUAGGACGAGAUUUUGGCCAGGAACGUGCAGGAGAAUACGGAGGAGCGAGAACGCAGCAGGAUCUACACACAUACGUGCGGCAGAUGGAGGAAACCAUCGCACAACUUGUACAACAGAAGGACGAACUGAUGAGGAACCAAGCGGAGUUUGAUAAGCAGGCGAGCGGUAUCUUCCCGUCGCUGGAGAACUUAAACCACCAGCUCUCACAGAUCGUGCAGGGCAAGCUACUGCAGUCGGGACAGUCGCAUAAUAACGAUGAUGUUGCUAAUCUGCACGAAGAUAUGCUGGAUGAGUUGCGGGUUCAACGAGAGCAGUUGAGCGAGCUUGAGGCUGACAGCAAGCGCCGCAAAUAUGAUGCAGAGCUGCAGGAACAGAACCGCGCUAUUGAGAUCUCGCAGAUUAAAGCUGACAUUAUCAGUGUUGUGGCUAGUGAAAAAAUGCGCGACGAACGCACUGAGCUGAUGGCUGAUUCACUCAAGAAGCUCCAGCAGGAACUUCAAGAGGCGGUUAAGAAUAUGGUGCAGCGCUAUCAGCUGCUGGACAAGCGGAUCAACCAGCUCCAGACACCCAUGACCCAACCCCGACUUGUGGGCCGCAAGUCGCAGCGGAACAUCCUGCUUUUCGUUGUUGCACUGUUGUUGGCCUUCGUUUCUGUUGUACUCGGCUUUCUCUUCAUGAAUACCGGUAGCGGAGACUGUGGUGUGAUGGAGCGGUGCCACCCACUCAUAUAAUACUCAUCCAGAUUCUACGUUCCUCCUUUAUAACGAGACAUCAGCUAUUCUAUUCUUCUGAUAGCGUUAACUCAUUUGUUUAUCGUGCCUGCCAAUGCAGUUAAACAGUGCGUUACCCAAACGGUCUUGGUGUAGGUAGCGUAGCCUACAGCCAGUAAGAGAUCUCUAUCCCUGCUUCACUUUGAAGAUGCGAAUACCGAGGAUUGUGGCGAGCUCCGUUGAGAGGAAGUAGAUCAUGUGCACAUAAGCCGACAGCGAGAUCACGAAGAAGAGCUGCACCACAGAGCUCUCAUGGCCCUGCGUAACGCAAACGAUCAAACAGUUAGAUAAUUCAUAAGGUGCUAGCCCAUUCAGCUCGAGACAAACGUACCCAAGGCACAAUGCCAGCCACCAGGAGGAAAGAAACAACAAGCUGGAUCAUGAAUGUCUUGCGUAACAGCCAAUACGGUUCUUCGCACAUGUGCGAGAGCAUCAUGUGCAUCACCAUCUGCAACAAAGAACGCAGUAGCUUCAGUUAGAAGGUUGUUACUUUAACCAAAGACCACAGUUCAAAGAUGUAUGCUUACCUUUGCGAAUACGAGCCCCACCGUCCAGAUGAGGAGACGUGGGUGGUCCGUAAACACAUCAGAAGGCGACCAAAACACCCA